UGGGCACAGGUGGGUGGCACUGGUGGGCACAGGUGGGUGGCACUGGUGGGCACAGGUGGGUGGCACUUCUGGGCACAGGUAGGUGGCACUGCAGAGUGGCACAGGUGGGGGCACUGCUGGGCACAGGUGGGGGCACUGCUGGGCACAGGUGGGGGCACUGCUGGGCGGAACUUGCGGGUGUCACUGCUGGGCACCGAUCAUCAGGGCACUGAUCAUCAGUGCCCUGAUGAUCGGUGCCGAUCCCCGCUCUGACAACUGCCGGUUCUCGGCAGUACUUUCCUCACGAUCUGACAGCGUGAGGAAAGUGCAGCCGAGAACCGGCACUUGCAU